GUUUAAAUUCAAAUCUUGAGGAAGAUGGUAUUGUGUAUAACAGGAGCGAAAAAAGAUGGAUAGCUACAUAUAAUAAUGGAAAGAAGGCAUAUUUUAAGACUAAAAAAAAAGCAUUUUUUUCAAAAUUCAAAUGGUUAGAAAA